CUUUUAGCAGGAAAGGCAAAGGUUGGAUAGAUCAAAACCCUUUCCUCUCUCGUUCUUACUUUUUCUUCCACCAAAAUGGUUUCCAAGGCUUGUCUAAUUGUUGCACUCCUGGCUUUGGUCGUGGCGGCCGAGUGCAACUUGGUCGACGACCUCGGUGUCGGCCUCACCCAUUUCGACGACAACACCUGCAUUACCGGCCACUGCGUCUCCACCGAUGAGGAGUUUCUGUUGGAUUCGUUUUCUUCAGAAGCGACCCGCCGCCAUCUUGCGCAGAAGAGGUACAUUAGCUACAACGCCCUCAAGGCCAACAGCGUGCCAUGCAGCCGUCGCGGACAUUCCUACUACGACUGCAGACCACAAAGGGCUAACCCUUACCGUCGUGGCUGCAGCGUCAUUACGCAUUGCUAUAGAUUUACCAACUAAAGAAAAAGGUUCGCCAGGAAUGAGAGAUCCUAUUAUUUGAUGAUCUUGAUUUUAACCAUGUCUAAUUACCAGAAGUAAUAAAUUAACAAAAAGGAAAAACAUGUAUUCAAAUUUGUGUGAAUAAUUAAUAUUGAUAAUUUUU